AUGGAUGACGAGGCUGCCGAUAUCGAACUCUUAGAACAACAUCUAAUCAAAACGAGUAGCAUAUCUCAGAGAAUGACCUCUAUCCUUACAAACUUCGAUUCUAGAUUGAGUCGUUUGGAAAAGUCAAUUCUCCCCCUUCACCGGUCAACACAAUCUCUGACGAAACUAGGAGAAAAUAUAGAAGCAACUCUGCAAAGUAUUGAUAGACUAGCUAGUGAUCAAGAGGGAGUAGCUGUAGAGGAGGCAUUGAUCCUUCGCGGGUAA